CAUGGUGGAUAUUUUGAAAGACAGACAUAUGUUUUCCAAGUAAACAAAAUCAUACUGUGGAUAUCUACACACUUGUUUUGAAGGUGUCCACAGAGAUCCUUAUCUUGUGUGUCCCAAUCCAGAGUCCUGAGGUGGAGUUGCUCUUUCAGAAAUGAGUCACUCCGGAGAGUGUAAGGAGGGGGAAACUUCCUCAAAAAUGAAUCUGAACAGAGUCCAGCAGGAGAGAACAGACUCACCCGAACCCAGCUGUGUGUCCAUGAAGAGUAACAGGUCAAUGGGUCACCCUGUUAACUUCCAUCAGGGACAGUUUUCUACAGGUGGAAGACAUCAACUGAAGAAAAGUGACUCAGCAUUUCAACCGGAGGAUUUAUCAGCCAUAUUCAAGUUGCUUGAAGACCGUGCUGUAAAGUUCCUGAGAGAUGAGCUGCAUAAGUUCAAGAGUAGUCUGAGUCAAGAUUACCCAGCAUGCUUUGAGCCUCAAGAUGACAAUGACCUGGACAAUGAAGCUGAGACCCAGAAGAUCUGUGGCAGAGAGGGGGCUCUGAAAAUCACACUGUACAUCCUGAGGACCAUGAAUCGGAAGGACCUCGCAGACACGCUGGAGAAGAAUGAACUGCAGAUGACGUAUCUGCAAAAAUAUAGAUCUAAUCUGAAGAAGAAAUUUGAGUGUGUGUUUGAAGGGAAAGCAAAGCAAGGAAAUCCAGUCCUACUCAAUAAGAUUUACACAGAGCUCUACAUCACUAAAGGUGGAACUGGAGGGAUCAAUGAUGAACAUGAAGUGAGACUUAUUGAAACAGCCACCAAGAGUCCAGCAAUACAAGACAUUGCGAUUCAGUGCAGUGACAUUUUCAAGCCCUUACCUGGAGAAACGACACCUAUCAAAACUGUGCUGACAAAGGGGGUUGCAGGCAUCGGAAAAACAGUGUCUGUGCACAAAUUUAUUCUUGACUGGGCAGAAGGAAAAGCAAACAAAGAUAUUAACUUCAUAUUUGCUUUUCCUUUCCGGGACCUAAAUCUGAUGAAGGGUAAAGACUACAGCCUAAUAGAACUCAUUCACCACUUUGUCCCAGAACUGAAAGAGUUUGGAUCAGCUGAGCUAGAAAAAUAUAAAGUCUUGUUCAUCUUCGAUGGCCUGGAUGAGAGUCGACUUCCUUUAGAUUUCCAGAACAAUGAGAGCUGGUUUGAUGUAACAAAGACAACAUCUUUGGAUGUGCUGUUGACCAACCUCAUUAAGGGGAAUCUGCUUCCCUCUGCUCUCAUCUGGAUAACUUCCAGACCAGCAGCAGCAGGUCUGGUCCCCCCUGAGUGUGUCCACCAGGUGACAGAGAUACGAGGGUUUAAUGAUCCUGAGAAGGAGAAGUACUUCAAGAAGAGGUUCAGUGAUCAGAACCUGGCCGACAGGAUCAUCACACAUGUAAAGUCCACAAGGAGUCUCUACAUCAUGUGUCAUAUUCCUGUCUUCUGUUGGAUUUCAGCCACUGUUCUCGAGACGUUAUUUGAUACUGAAGACAGUGGAGAAAUCCCAAAGACUCUGACUCAGAUGUACACACACUUCCUCAUUUUUCAGUCAAGUCUAAAGAAGGAGAAGUAUCAAAAAAAUCAAGAAAUGGAGGUUCCCAAGACUUUAAAAUUAGACAGGAAAUUCCUCUUUAAAUUGGCAAAGUUGGCUUUUAGAAAUCUUGAAACAGGCAAUGUCAUAUUUUAUGACGAAGAUCUGAAUGAGUGUGGCAUUGAUGUCAGUGAAGCUUCAGUGUACUCUGGAGUGUGUACAGAAAUCUUCAAAGAGGAGUCUGGGUUAUACCAGAGGAAGGUUCACUGCUUUGUGCAUCUGAGUGUUCAGGAGUAUCUUGCUGCUUUGUAUUCAGUGUUGUUAUACAGAGACAAGAAAUACAGUUUUUUUAAAUAUAUAUUAUCAUUUAUUCUGAAACCACUAUUACGUUCUACAGAAAACUGGUCUGACUUUCUGAACAGUUCAGUGGAUCAGACUUUACAGAGCAAGAAUGGACACUUGGACCUCUACCUCCGCUUCCUUCUUGGCCUUUCCAUGGGUUCCAACCAGAGUCUGUUACAAGGGCUACUGCCAGAAAGCAGAAACAAAUCAUUUGAUACUGAAAAAACAGUCCAGUACAUCAAGGAGAAGAUCAGAGAGAAUCUCUCUCCAGAGAGAACCAUCAAUCUGUUCCACUGUCUUAAUGAACUCAAUGACAAUUCUAUAGUGGAGGAAGUCCAAGGUUACCUGAACUCAGGAAAUCUUUCAGCCAAAGACCUCUCACCUGCACAGUGGUCAGCUCUGGCCUUUGUGUUACUGAUGUCAGAAAAGGAGCUAGAUGUGUUUGACCUGAAGAAAUACAUCAGAUCAGAGGAAGGUCUUCUGAGGCUGCUGCCAGUGGUCAAGGUCUCCAGAACAGCUCUGCUGAACCAGUGUGGACUGACAGAGAGAUGCUGUGAAGCUCUGGUCUCAGUUCUCACCUCAAACUCCUCACACCUGAUAGAGUUAGACCUGAGUGACAAUGACCUGCAGGAUUCAGGAGUGAAGAUACUCUCUGCUGGACUGGGGAACAAACACUGUAAACUGGAGAUACUGAGACUGUCUGGCUGUUGUGUCACAAAGGAAGGCUGUGGUUCUCUGGCUUCAGCUCUACGUUCAAACCCGUGUUCACACCUGAGAGAACUGGAUCUGAGUUACAAUCACCCAGGAGACUCAGGAGUGAAGCUGCUCUCUGAUUUAUUGGAGGAUCCACACUGUAAACUGAAGACACUGCAUGUGGACCAUGGUGGACAGUGCAUGAUCAGACCAGUUCUUUUCCAAUACUUCUGCCAGUUCACACUGGACCCCAACACAGCAAACAGAGAACUGUCUCUGUAUGAGGAAAACAGGAAGGUGACACGAAGCGAGGAGAAUGAGCAGCAGUAUCCUGAUCAUCCAGACAGAUUUGACUGUUGGGCCCAAGUUCUGUGUGUAGACAGUGUGUCUGGUCGCUGCUACUGGGAGGUUCAGUGGACUGGAGAAAAUGGGGUUGAAAUAGGAGUGACUUAUAAAGGAAUCAGGAGGAAAGGAAACAAUGCUGAUUGUGUGCUUGGAAACAGCGACAAGUCCUGGAGUCUUUGCUGUUCUGAUAGGAGACACACUGCUAGACAUAAUAACACACACACUGACAUACCUGUGCCUGCCUCCUGCACAGUAGGAGUGUAUGUGGACUGGCAGGCUGGCAUUCUGUCCUUUUACAGUGUCUCCUCUGGGGAACUGAAUCUCCUGCACACACUGACCACUAGAUUCACUGAGCCCCUCUAUCCUGGGUUUUGGGUUGGCUUGGGCUCUUCAUUGUCACUGUGUGACCAGCAGUAGGAACACAAACACUCCUCAUUGUGUAAUAACAGUGCCAUGAGUGUGGGAUUGUUGUUUCUUUGUGUAAAACAGAGAAACAUUCAUACAUAUUUUUUUCAAGAACAAUAUGGAGAUGCCAUGUACAGACUGUCAGACUGCACUAAGCAAGGGUGGGGAAGUAAUGACCACUUCUGGGGAGACUGUUGGAAGGAACACUCUGAGGGACUCCUCAGUCUGGUGGACAUGCACACUUAGCAACAGGCUAUCACACUCCUUAGCUUCCCUGGCAAAGCUUAUGCUUGGGUACCUGAAAGGAGACUGUUCAAUAGCUGACCCUUAAAUUCAGGGGGAGCAAUGUGGAUUGGCGCAGUUGUGGAACAGUGGUAAAGGCAUAUAAUCAUGUCCCUCAUGUGCUAUGGGAAAUACUCUAGGAAUGUGGGCUACCAAGGCUGCUGAUAUGUGCUAUGUGAUCCAAGUAUGAGUGCAGUAUGGAGAUUUGUAGAGAAUUUCCCACUGGGAGGAGACUCCAGGGCAGACCCAGGAGCUGUUAUACAGAUUACAUCUCUUGGGCCAAUUCCUGGGGAUCCCCCAAGAGGAGCUGAAGAAAAGAAGGCCUGGGUUUGCUUACUCAACUUUCUCUGACCUUCUCUAAGUUGAGAGACUGACUAGAAACACUCUUAACAAAUAUGUGGUUUAUU